AUGAAGGAAGACAUGGAUCUUUCUGUUUUGCCCAAUAACAACCAUCCUGACAAAUUCCUACAGCUUGAAGUAAAGUCUUUAAUGAGGAGCCCGACCCUUCUUCUGCAGGCAAAUCUUGCAAGAUUUCCUGGUGGAAAUUAUCCCGCUACACAACACUGGCAAAACCUUGUCUACGCACAGAGAGAAAAGAAUUUGUCUACUCAACAAAUGAAAGGAUUUGGUGGGGAAAGUCCUGUGAUGGCCAUCCGCCCUCUGCCAUCCAUGUCUUCAGCAAUGAAGAAUAACCCACUCUAUGGUGACAGCAGCUUGGAGGAAGCUAUGGAAGAAAGGAAGAGGAGCCCUUCGUGGACCAUUGCAGAAUAUGACAGGCGUUCCGCGUAUACUAAUCUUUCUGGACAUCUGAAGGAAAAUCCUAAUGACCUACGGUUUUGGUUGGGAGACAUGUAUACUCCAGGUUUUGACACCUUGCUGAAAAAAGAGAAGAAGCAAGAGAAGCAAUCAAAAUUGUGUCACGUGGCUCUGAUUGUACUCCUUGCCGCCUCCAUCCUGGUUACCAUAGUGAUUCUCAGCACUUUUCUCACCUAA